UUGAGUGAGUAACACAAAUAAAAGUAGAAAUCUCUUCGCGAUGUUAUCGCGGCUUUGCGGUUACUCGAUGAACAACUAACGAUCUCCCAGCAUGUAAUAACUCAUCGAUACGUACAAUUCAGUUGGAAGGCGUGGCUCGAAACGUAGAAGAUAUCAAAAUUGUAUAUGGCCAAGUAGUGAAGAACAAGUUAAAAAACCAGCAGUACUUCAAGUGCACGAGUGACACGGCCUUAUAUCCUGAGGGGAAUCCGUCUGUUAUACACGCAUUUAAAUCAGCCGCUCAACGCACGGCUGUCAAAAACAUGACUGUAACACUGGCGAAGCACCAACAUGCCAAAUACUUCAAGAGGUUUAUUCAUCUACUGCCCAAUCAGUUAGCAGUGCACGAUUCCAUCAGGUUAACGAUGGCGUUUUUCGCCCUCUCUGGCCUUGAUGUUUUAAACUCAUUGGAUGUAUUAAGCGAGCGGAAACGGUCUGAGGCUAUCGAAUGGAUAUACCGCCUUCAAGUUCGCGGAGCUGGCCCAAGGUCUGGAUUUCAGGGAUCAACUUCUGUUCCUGCGGAUGCCACCAAAUACCAGAACGGUCAUCUUACCAUGACGUACCUUGGGCUUGCCUCCCUUUUAACUUUAGGGGAUGAUCUCAGUCGGAUAGAUAAAAAAUCUAUCAUCGAAGGUGUUCGCGCCUGCCAAAACGACGACGGUUCAUUCACAGCUACAUUAACCGGUAGUGAGAGCGACAUGAGGUUUAUCUAUUGUGCUUGCUGCAUUUCGGCGAUCCUUGAUGAUUGGUCAGGCAUUGACAAGCACAAAGCUAUUAAUUAUAUCCAAGAAAGCAUUUCCUAUGAUGGAGGAAUCGGCCAGGGUCCGGGUCUGGAGUCCCAUGGUGGAAGUACUUUUUGUGCAGUAGCAAGCCUGCUCUUGAUGGACAAUCUAACAAGUGCCUUGAGUGAAAAGCAGUUGAAUAAGUUGAGAUAUUGGUGUCUCAUGAGGCAAAUUGGUGGCUUUCACGGAAGACCCAACAAACCCGAAGACACUUGUUAUAGUUUUUGGGUGGGAGCUACACUACAAAUUUUAGGUGUCAGACAUCUUACUGAUGCCACAGAGAAUCGAGCUUAUGUACUUACAACGCAAGAUUCAGUUUUGGGCGGUUUAUCAAAGUUUGAUACUUCUGCACCAGAUCCUUUACAUACCUACCUAGGACUUUGCGGUUUAAGUCUUCUUGGAGAACCUGGCCUUCAAGCAGUGAAUGCAGCCCUAAACAUCUCCCAGAGUGCUUUUGCUCGUUUAGAAGAGAUCCAUAAAAUUUGGGCUGGAGACUGAUUUCUGUAGUGAAAAAUGGGACGAUUAGUUGAUGAAUAUUGAGUAAUCAUUAUGUUCAUAUCAAGCGCACAUGUCAAAGCACACCUGAAUCAGUGGUACUAUCUACUUUGGUACAGAAGGCAUAUAUUAAUGAUGUGAUGAUGGAGAGAAUACACGUAUCACAAAGCAUAAAAAUAUUGCGGGUUAGACUAAUUGUUAAAACUAUAUUAUUGCAAUGGCCAACUGUUGAUAUCUCCUGAAUCACAACAAAAUGCCUACGAUGCCAUUCCAUCUAUAAUUUUUAUAUUAUACAAUUAUUAGGUAUAAUGCAUAAGUAUGAUUAGACAAAGGAAUAUUGUGUAUGUACUUGUCAAUUACCAUUAUCAUUGUUACUGAGACGAUU